AUGUACGUCUCCGUCGUGCUACCGCUCAUCGUCAUUGUCGCCCUCGUCCACGCCGCAAAAGUCAACGUCAUCACCGUCGACACGGGCGCCACUGACAAGCCCGUCUUCUUCGGCGACGCCCUCGUCGAGAGCCAGCUGCUGCGCGACUCGGCCUACUUCUUCGCCUCGGUCAACGAGUCCGUCGAGGAUGUCUUGCCCAUGCAGCUCUGCGCCAACUUCACCCUCGAAGAAGCCACCAUCGACGAGAUGCAGACCGUCAUGUCCAACGGCUCCAUGACGGCCGUUGACUUUACUCUGUGCUUCCUCGAGCGCAUUUUCCAGACUGAUGAAUACGUCCGCGCUGUCAUGCAGCUCAACCCCGAUGCUCUGUCGAUCGCCCGCGCCCUGGACCAGGAACGGGCGGCCGGCCACGUUCGCGGACCCCUGCACGGCAUCCCCUUUCUGGUCAAGGACAACAUUGCCACCAGAGACAAGAUGCAGACUACGGCCGGCUCCUGGGCCCUCAUGGGCUCCCGCGUGCCCCGCGACGCCCACGUCGUCACCCGUCUGCGCGGCGAGGGCGCCGUGCUGCUCGGCCACGCCGCCAUGAGUGAGUGGGCCGACAUGCGCUCCUCCAACUACUCCGAGGGCUACUCGUCACGCGGCGGACAGUGCCGCAGCGCCUACAACCUGACCGUCAGCCCUGGCGGCAGCAGUUCGGGCAGCGCCGUCGCCAUUGCCGCCAACCUCGCCGCAUUUGCCAUUGGCACCGAGACGGACGGAAGCGUGAUCAACCCGGCCCAGAGGAACGGCCUCGUCGGCGUCAAGCCUACCGUCGGCCUGACGUCGCGCGACAUGGUGAUUCCCGAGUCGCUGCACCAGGACACGGUCGGCUGCUUUGCCCGCACUGUGCGCGACGCCGCCUACUGCCUGGACGGCAUCUACGGCGUCGACACGCGCGACAACUACACGCUGUCGCAGCUCAACAACUCGGACGUGCCGAGCCGCGAGGGCUACGCGUCCUUUAUGACCGGCAAGGACGCGCUCAAGGGCGCCGUCUUCGGCAUCCCGUGGGACAGCUUCUGGCGCUUCACCGAGCCCGACAUGCUGCGCCAGCUGCUGGACCUGGUGACGCUGAUUGAGGAGGCGGGCGCCACCAUAGUCAACGGCACCGAGAUUCCCAGCCGCGGCGACAUCAUCAGCCCGGACGGCUGGGACUGGGAUUACGGCAGCAAGCGCGGCCGCGCCAACGAGUCGGAGUUUACCUAUGUCAAGGUUGACUUUUACAACGACCUCAAGCAGUACCUCUCGGAGCUGGGCAACACGGACAUGCACUCGCUGGAGGACAUUGUCAAAUACAACCUCGCAAACCCCACGGCCACGGGCGCCCACCCCGGCGAUCACCCCGCCUUUGCCUCUGGCCAGGACCUGCUCCUCGCGGCGCUCGCGACCAACGGCACCCAAGACGAGGACUACUGGCAAGCGCUCUCGUUCUGCACCAACGCAUCACGGACGCACGGCAUCGACGCGGCGCUCUCAUCGCACCGGCUCGCAAACGGCACCUCCGUAAGCAUCGACGCGCUGCUCGCGCCGGCCGACGUGGCGCAGGCGGCGCAGGUGGCGGCCAUGGCGGGGUAUCCGGUGGUGACGGUGCCGGUGGGGGUGCGCGCGGGCAGCGGCAUGCCGUUUGGAAUAUCGGUCAUGGGGACGGCGUGGCAGGACGCGCGACUGCUGGCGCUGGCGAGCGCGGUCGAGGAUCUGCAGAUUGCGCCCGAGAGUGAGCGGAGGGGCGGGGGGAGGGUGAGGCCGGGUUGGGGUGGGUUCAAGGAGAGGGCGUUGCCUGUUUUUUAG